AGUUGGUAUAUUUUAACGGCCCAGCUGCGGCCGCACUGAGUUUAUUAACAAAAUAAAAAACAACAAAUUUAUUAGUAAAAUGGUUAGCAGAAACAUAGAAAGCACGAGUAAGGUGCCCACGUUCCAUGUCAUCCGCGAGGUCUACGACAGCUCCAAUGCCCACGAAAGGUUCGAGGCGGAACUGGACAAGGCGCUGGAGGCCAAGGUGGACUUCAUCAUCAUAGAGCCGCCGCGCCUGGGCGACGAAACUGGUCGUUGGAUUUGGGUGGGCAACUGCCUGCACAAGACAGCGGUGGCUACUGGAGUGGUUUCCCUGGUGGCCAGCCUGCUCUGGCGGGAUCGCCCCAUCAUUGCAGCCCCCGCUUGCGCCCUCUCGCUCUUCUGCACGGGCCUCUACACGGUGUCCUGGAACUAUGAUCCCUGUUGUCAAUACCAGGUGGAAAACAACGACACCGUGUUGGAGAAACUCCCACUGACAGAUGUAUCCUCGCCUGUGAUCCUGGGCUACUCGCCCAACUCCAAAACCAAAUACUUGCACCGCGGCGUGUCCCUGCUCUCGGCCGCCCUGUGCACCUGGCAGAUCUGGAGGUCCUUCAAGUAAAGGCUGUGUGUAGGAACCCUUGAAACGGGCAGCUGCUGGAUUGGGUCAACCCCGUGCGGAAAGUAAUACCCGAUAAGUUUAGUUUAGGCACCUAAGCGAAUGCAUUUCGUUUCGAUUUUCGAACGGUUUUAACUCAAUGUCUUGUCUUUCGUCAACUUUUAAAAUGGUUCCAAGUCCCAGGCCACGUCUCUGUCCAGUGUCCAAUUAAGUGUUUUUGCGUCUGCCACCUGGACUGGCCAGCAUGCUCAUAACUUAUUACGGUUCCCAGGCCUAAGUUAGUCUUAAGGGAGGAGCAGCCACUGCACUGUAAAUUAAGCAAAGCCAACUUCUGUGUAUAAAGCGAAACCCAUUUAUGAUUGUUAUUAGAGUCUAGUUGAAAAUAUCAGAAUGCGAAAGGCAAAUAAACGCAAUGCGAAUGUUA